CUGUGCUUGUUGCGCGCCUGGGCUGCCCGGCCCCGCCACCAAGGACGCAAUCGCGACGCCUCAGCCUUUCGCCUUUUCAGCCUCGAGCCUUCCGUCCGGUGCGUGUAAGCUCGAGGAUGUGCGUUUGCGCCUCGGACGGCCCUGCAUCCUCUGCGCCCUCGAUCGCCAUCUAAGACCAGACUGAAGCAAGACCAACGGCGUCGGCGAGUCGCAGCCGCCGCUGACCCAGGCGCACCACAGCGCGGCGCCGCAUGCUGGACAGUUUGAGGCUCGCCGCCCGAUCCAUCGCCUCGCGCAAGAGGCCACACGACCGUGUGACGACGUCUCAGCAGCCAUGGAUCUCCGCUCCGUUCUGAACACGUCCGACAAUGGCGACCGCGCGCCCUCGAAGCCGCCGCCGGCUCCUCCUCCUCCUCACCACCACCAACACCUGCAGCAUCAGCAACAGCAGCAGCAGCCUCGUCCUGCUUCCGCGACCCAAUAUGGACCUGGGCCUCGCGAGUAUUCGCAGCAGCCGCCUCAAGCAUCGCCGAGCAAGCCUGCGAUGCACGACUACUCGCAUCCUCACCAGCAACCUCAGCCGCAUCCUCACCCUCACCACUACCCGCCCCAGCAGGUCCAGCAGCAGCAACCGCAAUUCCAGCAGCAGCAGCAGUCUCAGCCGCCGCAGCAUCGGCCGUCCAAUGCCUAUCCAGCGCAGUCGCCAUAUCAGACGCCUGGACCGUAUCCAGGACGGCCCUCUGCCGUGCCGCCGCCGCCGCUCCAACCGCCGAGUCUAUAUCACGAUCCCCGCUCGCCUGGAAGCUCACGGUCAAACUCUGGCCCCGUUCUAGCCUCGCCCUACCGGCCGUCGCCGACGUCAGCCUCGACGCCCGGAGGCUCUGCGGGCUACCCGUUCCCUACGCAGCCUCCAGACAUGAGCAGCCCGAUCCAGCGGCAGUAUCCGAGCCAAUACCAGGACCCACGCGAUCCAAGAGACCCAAGACGAGACAGCUAUGCGCAGAGCCCAGGACAUGCUCCUCCUCCUCCUCCGCCGGCGUACCAGCUCCAGCAUCAGCAUCAGCAACAGCAGAUGAUGCAGCAGCAGCAGCAGCAGCAGCACGCCGCGCGCCAGUCGUCACCCGCGAGGCCCAGCACCAGCGCCAGCAGCGCGUCCUACCAGGCGUACCUCCAGCACCAGCAGCGCUCCCCGACAGUGGCCCAGCAGCACUACGGGCCCUACGCACAGGGCAGCCCAGGCCCUGCAGCGCCUCCACCGGCCGACUACAGCCGCCACCCGUCCAGCUCGCAGCCGCCAACCCCUUUGGGCCCGCCGUCCAGCGCCCUGCGCCAGCCCUCGACGCCUGGGGGCUUUGGCCAGCAGCCGCCCAGCCCCUACCAGCAGCGCAUGUCGCCUCCAGCCCAGACCCCGACACCGCAGCCCCCGGCUCCGCCUGCCCACGUCCCGCCGCAGGCUCAGACUCAGCCGUCGCCAAAACCCGCGCCGCCACCGGAAACCCCUGCCCAUCGCCCGCCCUCGCAACAGUCCGCCCACGGCUCGCCCGUUGCAGAACCCGCCGGGCGCCCACGAUCCCAGACCGAGCGGGAGCAAAGUCUGUCGGUCAGUCCCAAGACCAGGCUCGGCUCCAUCCCUAGCGUUUCCGACGCCACCCCGGCCCUGACGGACCGACCUGCGACAUCUUCGCUCAGCGUCCACUCCAUGGCGGUCGAUUCAGAUCGGGCGGUCACGCCUGCGAAGCGAAAGCUGGAGGAUCUCAACAUGAGCCCCGGCGAAUUGGAGAACAAGGGAUCAAAGCCGCCCCCCGGCGAGGUCAACGGUGGCUACGUGGAACGCAUCCAAAAGUCGUCGUCUCCUAUCCCGCCCAAGAAAAGGCGGACAAGAUACACCCAGCCGCCAAUCUGGGCCCAGAGCAUCCACACUCUGGGCAAGAAACUGCCCUCCAACCCCAACUUUGUUCUCCAAAAGCGACUUCAUUCCCACAUCAAUGGCAAGCACGAUGCCGCCGCCGCCAGCCACCAGACGUCGCCCGAAACAAAGAGAAAUCCACAGCCCAGCGUCAGCCAGCCGCCCGCUCCGUCCGAGCCCGAUAUACAGGAGAUACUGGGUCCUUGGGAGGCCAGCAUUACCGGCCUUAAGCCCAUCGAGGAGCUCUCCAAGAACGUGGCCGACUUCUUCUUCAUCCAUGCCAUCAACAACCAGGACAUGCAGGAGAUUAUGAGCAGAGGGAUACAGUUUGAGAUUGAGGCUAAGCUGGGUACUCUCAUCGACAAGGACACCAACCAGCGCGUGGACCGGUUCGUCUCCACUGAAUGCAUUCUCGACGACAAUGGUCGGGUUGCUUUCAAGAGCAGCAUGACAGAGGCCCAGCACAAGUCAUACAACCAGUUUCUUAACGACAUGGUCGUACAGACCGACCCGCGAAAUCCAAACGGCUCUUCCGCGAAGCGAGUUCAAGUCAUAUAUAAACACAGACGCGAGAUUGAUCGUUUCUACGAUCUGCCGACGGAGCUGCACGGGCAUCUGCCCGGAUGCAUGCGGGCUCGCCUGGGCUCCCGCAGCCGCAACAUCCGAGUGCGCGUCACGUACGACCAAAAGACCAACCAGAUCCUAAACAAGAUCAUCAAGGCGCGCGUCGCAGACAUUGACCUGCACCUGCCCAUGUCCCCCUUUGACUGCCGCAUCAGCAUCAACCUCGAGAUGAACUGGGAUGGAUCUGUCGAGGAACUCGAGCAGGCGCCGUCGAACAGGUCGGAUCGGCAGCCGGACCGCAACAAAGACCGCUUGAGCUACAAGCAGGGUCCUUACCAGAUUGACCUCACACAAGUUGCCCAUCCCACCAACGGCCCGGGGAAUACCCAGCGGAUUGAUAGAGAACAUGAGCUCGAAAUCGAGCUGAAUCAUCAAAUACUUCUCGACCAAGGACGAAGGGCCUUGAGCGGUGCCCCCCACAAAUACCAAGAGUUGGUCGAGGGGUUUGUGGACAAUGUACGAGUGCUGGCCCGAAAAGCCAGGGACUUUACCCCCAGGUGA